GGUCGACCUCCAUAACUAAAAACAGACCGCCGCAAGCACCAUGCCCAGACCGAUUCCUCCCAAACCAUCAGUGACCGUUCCGCCGUUCAAUGAUAUCACUCGACACAACUUGUCAACCUUACAGCUUGCCAUUCGCCAUAUUCUCGACCGUGCUCACCAUAUUGCGUUGGAUACGGAGUUCACAGGACUGGGGAAUAACAGGAAGACAAAGGAUUCAAAUAUUGAACUGCGCUACAGAGCCCUUGCAGACGUUGCACGCACACAUGCCAUUGUGUCCUUUGGCAUCUCUGUCUUCGAGGCAAAACCCUCGGCGAAUUCCGCUGGCACCAAAGAGCAUGGAUACAUCGUCCAUAACUUCAAUUUCCUCAUGCUUCGAUCAACCGAGUUUACCGUCAACUCUGAGAGUAUGACCUUCUUGGUGGACAAUGGUUUUGACUUUAACAGAUUGUACAGAGAUGGUAUUUUCUAUAAGCCGGGUGGGGAUGAGGCCGUAGAUGUACCUCCCGAAGACACAAACCAGAUCAUGCGUUCGAUUUUCGCCCAUAUCCUGUCGUUGAAGGUUCCUAUAGUUGUUCACAACGGACUUCUGGACCUGCUGUUCAUCUACUACUCGUUUCACGCCGAUCUUCCCAAUGAGCUGGGGACAUUCGUUGCCGACAUGUUGGAAAUGUUUCCGGCGGGCAUAUAUGAUACAAAAUAUGUGGCAGACUAUGUGACGCGGGAGAAGGCGAGUUUUCUGGCAUACCUGUUUCGAAAGUACGAGCGAGUACAACUUGCCCGCAGCAUAUCCAAGGAAACAGACUUCAUUACAUGCGAGAUCAAGGACCGUAUGCCUACCAUCACACGGAAGUGGACCCCACCCCCUGCACCCACAAAGGGAAAAAGGGCGUUUCCGGACACUGGAAAACCUUUCUGCGAACAAUAUGCUGCUCAUGGGAUCUGCAACAGUGGGCGAUAUUGCACAAAGUCCCAUGAUCUGGAUAUCAUUCUAGAUGACGAGCUGGGAGCGCCCUCCGACGGAAAUUCCUCAAAGCGACGGCGAAAGAGGCAAAAAAAGGAUGACGGCCCGGAAUUGUCUGAAGCUGAUAAUCUGGGCAAGGUCGAGGAUGGGGUUGAUGAUGAGGCUGUGGCUAAAGGGAACGUGGAUGGAUUGAACUUAGAGAACAGUUCUGUGGAAGGUCCCGUAUCAAACCCAGCGAUAUCCACAUUACAGACGCCCAUGCCAACCGAGCUGCAUCCGCCACCCCCUUCAGACGGAACACUAUUUGAGAAGUACCAUUCGGCUUGCUUUGACGCGUACAUGACCGGCUUCAUUUUCGCACACCAAUUAUUGGAGCAUGGCGGAGGGGAGCAAGGGACCGCCGAGUUGCGAAAUAAGAUUUAUCUGAUGAGCAAGUCUAUGCCUUUGUUGAUACAAAAGAGCAAAUUUUCAAAGACGAGUGAGGGACAUCGAGCUAAAAUGAAGAAACUCGCAAAGGCGCACGCGAAUGGGGGGUAGGUAUAAGAUCUGAGGCCGGAGUUUUGUAAAUAGAUGUAUAUUGCAUUAGAAUACCCAUGAUUUGAUUACGGAAAAGCUCCGCGAAUCGAUAGUUCCCAUGUUUAUGAGGAAUCCAUAUUUUCAUGUUGGUUUGUAUAGA